GGUGGCAGGACGCGAGUCUAAGCGGCCUGCGUCCCGUUCAUCUGUCCUCAUAUCCUUGAUUGAUUGGCAAUUCAUAUCAUUGACGCUGUGAUAGUCAGUGAUGUCGGCUGGUGCGACGGGCAAGGUGACGGCGGUGGUGCAGCGCAAGGCACUCGAGGCCAUACGGGGCCACCUGCCGGUCAGAUCUCAGCCCGCACACUUCCUCGAGUCGCAGCGCCACGCCGCCAUGGCAUUCAUCCAGCGCCUUGGGCAAUUUGCUGUCGAGUGCUGCGGAUGUGCUACGCCGCAAAAGAGAAUACAGGUGCGUAUAAAUCUGCAGGUCCAACACGUGCUGCCGCUUUGCAAUGGCUGUCUUGUGUGCGUGUGUGCGUGUGCGUGUGUGUGUGUUUGUGUUGUGUUACAUGUCAGUUGAAGAAGUCGUUGCUUCACGCGUCGUUGGGUCUUGAGGUUGAGACGUUCCUGACCGAGACGGGCAUGGAUGUGCGCCACCUGCAGACACUCGCCGCCAUGGAGUGUCCCGUCGUAUACCCUUCUAAAGACAUGUAGGCACGGAUCGAGGCCUGCAUGUCUGUCUGUAUCUCAUGGAUGGAUGGAUGUGUGAAUGUAGGAGUGUGACGUUGCUGGAGACCUCGCCCAAGAAGAUCAUCAACGCGAGCAAGCGACUCAGGUUCUUCCUCUCACUCCCAGAAGUCACGGUGGGUACACAAAUGCCCGAACACGCUCGCAUCUCUGUGACGCACUCACGGGAACUUCAUCCUCGUUGCAUUGCAGACGUGUCGAUCGUGUUCGAAACGCGGCCGAUGUGCCAGGUUCCUGGCGGUCAGCAAACGACACAAUAUCUAUCACACGAGCUGAGGCGCUGCAUCGUUGGUCGUUCGCGAUGUGCAGGCGCCCGAGGGCCGGUUGGACCUGUCCGACGUCUCCAGAAUUCUCGUCGGCCUACACACGGUGGGAGGAGAGAGAGGAACGCAGAACCAGAGCCAUGAUAUGUUUUUUGACGAUGUGAGUUUUUUUCCUUCCGUUCUUCCUCUGCUUGGUUGGGGUUUAAUUCAUUUGGUUGUUGUAUCAGUUGUGCCGCACAUAUGUUCGCUCGCCCGAGACGUACAACCUGGUGGUGACGCCGUCGGAGCUGCAGUCGGCACACGCCACACUCGACGCACUUUUCAUUUACAUGAAACCACUCGCACAAUGGGCCGGUAUCGACAAGGUCCGUCUGCCACCUGCCAACAAUCGAACCCUCCUGAAAGUGACCGCUGGCUGCUUGUGUGCGUGUGGUUGUGCAGGUGCCUUUGGCGGACAAGAGGACGGCGUGCAUCGCUGCCAACACCAUCCAGAGGAAGGUCAACGACAAAAUACGACGGAAACGGGAAGCCAAGGUCACCCAGGGAGGGAGGGAGGGAGGGAGGGAGCAACACAUACACACACAGACUGACAGACAGAUCCGAGCGCAUUGUCCCCCCUGUGAGUGUCAGAUGCUCAACAUGCCCGAGUGGCUCCGCAACACACUCGACCCGGCCACCAUCAAACAUAUGUCCAGAAAACAACGGUACGUACCCACACCACAAACACGAGUACACCUCCAUUGCUCUCUGUUUGUCUGUUUGUCUGUCUGUUUGUCUGUCUGUCUGUCUGUCUGUUUGUCUGUCUGUCUGUCUGUCUGUCUGUCUGUUUGUCUGUCUGUCUGUCUGUCUGUCUGUAUGUCUGUCUGUCUGUCUGUCUGUGUACCUGUCAUCCCUCCAUCCAUCCAUCCAUCAAUGUGACCAUGUGUCCUGCAGCGCCAUAGUCCAGCGUUGGUUCGAUGCGCAGGACAUCUGUCCGCCGGGCACACCUGAGGAGGACCAGUUCAUAUGGGUCAAGGAGGCGGAACAAGACAAAGGCGAGUGGGGACAACUCAAUAUCGACGAAGCUGAUCGUGCCGACAAGCGACACCACGACCACCACACCAGCGCCAAGAGGCCCGACCAAGCUUCCGAAGAGAGAAAGGCCGCAGAGAAAGAGAUCGAAUACGUAAGGCAGCCAGGAAGGGCGGGAGGCAGCUAGGGUGAGAGGGAGGGAUAACGGAAGAAAGGUGGUGGAGAUGUGUGGGCUCGUGCAUCGAUCAUUGGACGCAGGUGAAGCUGUCCGACGGUCGUGUGAUUCCCCUGGAGAGUCUUGAGGACCUGCCCGUCAAGCGUCGGUUCGUCUACCGCAUGCCCAAGGUGCACAGAGAGCAAAUCAUCCAGUUCAACGCUAUCUACAACCAAUACGUCAGGUAUGUCAGACUGGUGGACCCCCACGCCCUUCCUACUCUACUAUGUCGUUGGGAUGGUUGGUGGUCUGUCAGGGGCUUGACUCGUGAGAAGGGGGCGGCCGGGAAGGAGCUCUAUGUAGAUGUCGACACAUACACACCUGCACAACAGGUGCUGUGACAUGUGUGCACGACGCACACAGAGAGACCACACGGGACUUCUUUCCCACCGCCCACCUACCCGUCUUGUGCUUUCGUGCCGAGUUCAGGUGUCGUCAGGCCGCGGCCACAACGAGCUGAUCAAGCUGGGCGAGGGAUCAACCGGGGACAGCACGGACGAUGAUGUCGACAUAGCAGCGAUCGAGUCUGCCGAGGAUCAGCUGGACUUGCUGCCUUUGCCGAGGGGCGGUUACACGCUGGUGGACCUCCUCAACUCUGACACAUUCGCCAAGACGCCCGCCAAGCUGGCGCCGUACAUCAGCGUCGCACCCAAGGUGCAGUUUGCGUCCAUUCCAUGAGUGGGUGGGAAGGGAAGCUGCGGUGCACGUGGACAGCUGUUUUUGUUUGUUUCGUCCCUCUGUUGCUGGCACUAGGGUCUUGAGGGCGUGCAGUACAUCAAGAAGCUCAACCCGGCGGUGCGACAUUCAACACGCCCACGCCAUCACCAUCCCCUCUCCUUAUGAAAUGAAUGGAUGCAUUGACUGAUGCGACUGACUGAUGCGUGUGUGUUGCUUCAGGAUUUGUACCGCACCCAGAGCUACAUCCAGAGCCUGUGGGGCAACGCCGACCUGCUCAAGACCAUUGACACCCUCCCCUUCAUCCAGAGGGUGCCCUUCGACCAGCCCCACCACUCCUCAGGGGGCGUCCUGCCACCGAACAAACUCCCAUUCAGACAUACCAAGGCCGACCGCUCGCACCACGUGCCCAUGCCGCCACCGGACAGACGGCAGCUGACCGAAGGGGACAUUCCCGAUGAGCUGAUGAACGUGGGCGUGAGCGACGAGCUGGGCGAUCGUCUUGUGAACCGGCGUGAUGGGCUGCUGGAGAGCCUGGACGAGUCGGUCACCAUCACGCCGCUGAGGAUACGACCUGGCAGGGGCAGGAGCCAGGCGCAACCACACACGAGAGGUGGGUAGCGGGGUGCACUGGUGGGCUGGGUUGGGUUGGUGAGACUUGUGACAGACAAACACAGACAGACAGACAGACCGGAGGGACGCACAACCCGCCAAGCUUGCAAUGCGUGAGUGUCGCUCGCGUCGUGUCGUGUCGUGUGCGUUGUGUGAUCGACUUGAUUCAGACUCUGGACCUGUUCAAGGUGAGGGUGAGGGCGACAUGUCCGCGUGGCGCGCUGCCCUGGCGGAGCGACAGAGGGAAUUCGAACAGCGACAGGCGACGAGCACCCGCCAGCAGGUGGGGGCUCGUCCCGGGUUGUCUGUCCCACGUGCCACCCUGACAAACAAACAUACAUACGUACUUACUGCUCUGAUGCCAUUCAUUGUUGGGCGGCUGAAUGAAUGGUGUCAGGAUGACGAUUCUGACAGCGAUGGCCAGCAUGACAGGCCAGUCCCGCAGCAAACGGCGUCCGCACAAAGCGAUGAAGCCCUCUUCCACAUGGCAGUCGAGGUGGGUGGGGUGGGUACACACACAUCCACCGAUGCACACGAACGAACGAACGGACGUCGCCAAUCAAUCCAAUCCUCACUCGUUGGCUCCUUGUGGGUGUGGUGUGGAUGGUGUGUGUCAGGACCGGCAGACUUCUGGGAGCCUGGCGGGUGCCUCCAAGCUCGCCCAGCGAGGCAAUACCCGCCACCCAUCACCAGAUGCAGACGACCCGCAACAAGAGGCCCCGCAGCAGGAUGGCCCAGCGGCGUCAGGCAUCCCCUCGAUGCUGGAUGUGCAAGCACGGGCGGCCCAGCUGUCCGCCGCACGGUCGGCCUCUGCACCUGGAUCUGAGGGUGAGCCGUGUGCAGGGUUGGUUGAGGGUGGUCGCAUCAGUGUGGGGAGGCGCCGCCGUCUGCGGACCAUCGGCGACAAGAAAGAGGACUCGGACGACGAGGACCACCGGUUCAUGGCAUGGAAGGUACGCAUCCCCGCGGGCGGAUGGGUGGGUGAGACAGACAAAGCUCAUCCUCGCAAGCACAGCACCUGCCGUGCCCUGUCUGUUGGCUGGCUGCCCUGCCCCUGUCAUGACUGGCAUGCAGGCGAAGCGGGCAUCACCAGACUCAUCAGAUUCUGCCACCGAAGACGCAGCCUCUCAUGAUCAGGAUGCAUCGAUCACGCCCCCUACGUUCUCAGGCGGCCGCCGCAAAUCCCGACGCCCGAAGAGAGACAUCGAGAUAGACCAAGAGCACGAUGCUGAUGCUGCUGGUGACGCUGACUCCAGCCCGUUCUUCAUGGAGUCAGUGGGCGGUUCCCCUCGGCUGCAGCACCGAGGUCUGAAGCUGGUCGACUCGGUGGACUUUGGGGGCGACAGCGAGGCUGCUUCGGUCCGGCUGAUGGACGUCGAUAUGUCAUCGGAUGAUGUGCGGCCCAGCGAGGGGCUGCCCCGCCGUGCCGAGGGUGAGGAGAAUGACCCUGUGUUCCGAUCUCAGUUUCGGGUGGGCCUCGCCGACGUCAGUGCCAUCCCACGCAGCCUGAGUGCUGGCGAGGUGGACGAGGAGCGGCAGCUCAUGACCGGCAAACUCAGGGCAUGGACACAGGUACCCUACCUACCUGCGGCUGGGAGAGAGGGAGAGGGAGGGAGGGAGGGAGGGAGGGAGAUGGACACCCCCCAUCCCCAUGUGAUGUGCCUGUCGUUGGUGUGUGUGCCGUGUCGUAUGUACCAGAGCAAGGGCCACAUCGAGACGCCUUUCACCCGCUUCCCCAAGUUCACCGACUACAGCAAAGACGCCUACUCGCCCACCGAGCAGCGCCGCCAAGCCAAAGACACCCAUUCCCCUCCCCCCACCUCUCGCAUGCCCCGCGCCAAGCUCGAGCAAGCCACACUGGGCGAGCUCUCCAAAUACAUCAAGGCACCACCCAGUUCUGACCAAGACGAUGCACAAGAUGGUGAUCGUCACGGCAGCGAUGUGGCGCCUUUAUCGGGUCCGCGCGUCAAGGGCAAGGGCGUGGAGGACGACCAGGCUUGGGAGAGCAAGUACGGCGUGCAGAAGGAGUGGAGUGUGCAGGAGAAGCACUUCAAGGACAAGCAGGGGGCGGGCAAGCACCACGCAUUGGGUGGCGCCGUGCCAGUCAACCCACAAACCACGGAAAUGGCACGCAGGUAUGAUGCCAUCCAUGCACACGCCACACAUGACACACACAGUACAGUCAUUCCGUGUGUCUGUCUGUCUGCCUGUGUGAAUGCAGUGCUGCGGCGCUUCAGCGUGUGGUGGAUCGUCAGCGAAAGGCCGAGAUGAUCGAAAAGCUGCGAGCGGAGCGACAGAAGAGCAAAGACAGACACAAGGACGGCGGCAAGGCACCACAGACACCGCGAGAGCAGAUGGCCGUGAGUCGUGAGGAGGCGGCUCGUCUGCGAGAUGAGGCGCCCCUGGGCCCUGCUCGAAAGAAAAGUCCGGAGGAAACCGUUGCCGACUUGUUUUGCAAGCCGUAGCUGUCUUGGCUGUGUCUCAUUGUAUGGAUGGCUGAGUGAGUGCACUACUGCACGUUCUCGUG